GUUAGUGUGGAGCCGUGAGUGCGGGAGUUUAGUAAAAUGGGCAUUUGACGCUGUGGAGGUGCUGGUGGGGGCAAUGGGAGGUCAUAGCAGAAGAGCUGGACGUGCUGCGAGGAGGAGACGGCAGAAACAUGAACACACCAUCCAGUCUAUCUCUCUGUGUCAUCAGCCACAAUAUGUAAGGUUGAUGAAGUUCCUCCACCAGCGAGGAUUAACCUCAACGCUGCUGCAGCCGGCCCUCUUCACUGACACAGGCAGAGGACUGCAGACUCUGCAGACUAUAGAGCCUGGUGGGAUGGUCAUUUCUCUGCCACAGUCGUGUCUUCUCACAACCUCAGCCGUUCUGGACAGCUACCUGGGACCCUACAUCAAGAACUGGAAGCCCCGUCUUUCACCCCUCUUGGCUCUCUGUGUCUUUCUGGUAUGCGAGCGGCACCGCGGGGAGGGCUCGCCCUGGUUCCCCUAUGUGGAUGUGCUGCCCAAAACCUACACCUGCCCGGCGUAUUUCACGGAUGAUGCCAUGGCCGUCCUUCCAGUCAGCGUGCGGCAGAGGGCCACAGAGCAGCGGGAGGCGGUGCGGGAGAUCCACUCCAACAAUCAGGACUUUUUCAGGUCCCUGCAGCCAAUUCUGAGUGAGCCCACCGAGGAUGUACUGACCUAUGAGGCGCUCAGGUGGGCUUGGUGCAGCGUCAACACUCGCUCUGUCUUCAUGUCCCAUCCACCCAACAGCUUCCUGUGUGGAGAGGAUAAUUAUGCCCUGGCUCCAUUUCUGGACCUCCUCAAUCACCGCCCUGACGUGCAGGUCAAAGCAAGUUUCAAUCCUGUGACGAGAUGUUAUGAAAUCAGAAGUGUUUCCAGGACCCUGCGCUACCAGCAAGCGUUCAUCAACUACGGCUGCCAUGACAACCAACGGCUGUUGUUAGAAUAUGGAUUUGUGGCCACCAACAACCCCCACAGUGUGGUCUACGUGGACUCAGAUCUCCUCUGUGACCUUUUAAGAAGUGAUAAGAGUUUGGAUAAGAAGAUGACCUUUCUCCGAGAGAAUUAUUUCCUUCAUAAUCUCAGUGUGUCCAGUGACGGUCCGAGCUGGAGGCUGAUGACGGCUCUUAGGUUGCUGUCCUUGCCAUCGACACUGUAUCACCACUGGAAGGCGGUGUUGCUGGGACAGGUUGUGUGUGAGGAGACAGAAGAGUGGAGCGUUAGGACAGCUACGACGCUCUGUCAGCGACUCCUGCUAGAUGCAGACAGAGCUCUAGAUAAGAUCUCACAUCUUCUCCAACAAUGUGAGCAGCCAAUCAGGGAGCAGCUAGCUGUGGUCAGAUCGUUGCAGCAGGAGGAGAAGUGCAUCCUUGAAAGUUGUCUCCAGGCACUGAGAGAAAGAAAUGGCAACGUAUCGUUGUGCCAACUGCCCAUUGGAGCUGUGAGCUGAAGAGUCUUGAUUAAGGCUGUUGGCUCAACGCCUUCCUAGCGUGCAGGCGGAGGGAUGGACUGGUGAGCUGCACCCAGAGGAGCAGGUCUGAUCUUUGAUUUCUUGGAAGAGCAGCUGCCCUCUGCAACCGUGAGGCUCUAUUACUGAGAUCUGCUGAACCCACUUAAAAAGGUCACAUUUACAUUCAACUAAAGAAACUCAGAGAUGCACCGUCCAGAGAUGAAACUGUGAAGAAAUGGUUGCCGAUGUGAUUGUGAUUCAUUACUUGAAAGAGUUGCAGCAUCUUUUAUCCAUGCAUUUUAUGUAUAUGUGUUUUAUUUAAAAAAAAAAAAAAAAAAAUGCAUUUCUGAUCAGUUGUAUUUUGUCUUAGGUUGCUGGACGGUUCUAAACACAACAACUGUAACAUUAUACAAGAUCUUGUAAUGGCCUCGUUCAGACAAAGCAGAACUAUUUUUGUAUGUACAAAGAAAGCAACAGCAAAGUGUUGUCCUUUUCAACGGAAUGUAUUUUUCAUCGGCCAAAUGAAACUUUACAGUCAGAUUUAAUGAGGGUUGUAGUUUUAUAGUAUGAAAGCAACCUGAACUAUCCAGAGACAGGAUAUAAACUGGAGUCUGAAGGUCAAAUGUGUCGUGAUGUAAAGUUAACUGAACAGUGUGGCAUUAGCAUGUAAAUGUGUUAAACGAAUAUUAAUGAUCAGUUCGGUCGCAAUUUUGGUCAGAGCUGAACAACAGCCUUUUUCCUGGGGUUACGCUGGACCGUCUCCAUGGCAACCGUGGCUUCGUAGAGGGGAACCGCUUCCUUUAGCUGAGGUCUGCAGAGACGAGCAAAGUUGAUAUGAUGGGGUUUGAUAACAGUUGGUAAAUAAAGUGUAUGAAGCUGCAUACAAUUAAAUGUUAUUUUGCUGAAGUUGGAUGCGUUUGAGUUACCUGAGUACUCCAACCGACAUCUUCUCCACAAUAUCCUUCAGAAUAUCUAAAAUAGCAGUUAAAGAUAUUAAAUGGGGCAUGGUAGGAGAAAAAGUUUUUCUGUGCUUUAGAGGAUAAACCUUUCGAGCAUUUGUCUGUCUGACGUAGCUAUAGACUCAAA